AUGUCGUUUCCACACUAUUUUUCCUCCGUUGUUUUAUCGUUCAUCGUUUUCAUUCUCUUUGUUCUGAUAACUCCAACUCAACACGACCUUUCUUUUACAUAUUCUUUUUCAUCGCUGAGUGUCAGUGGAAGUAAUCAACACAUCGACAUUCCAUCACUUGAUGUAUUCAACACCAAGUUUACACACAAUAAGUCGACGGGUAUGUUUUAUUACAAAAAUAACUACAUUGACGUUUCCAAAUUCAAUUACAGUGGGGUGUGUGGUGAUGUCUUCAAAUAUGGUCCAAAUACUAAAAGGGAUUUGGUUAUUGGGUCAUAUGAUUUCAAAAACAAAUGUAUCAAAGAGUCUGUUUAUCAAGCACUUGAAAUGACACGAAUUGCAAUGCCCGAUUGUCGAAUUGUGUUUCUACUUUUCAGUUCAAUACCAUCAACUUGUGUUGGUAAUUUUAAAAGGCUUUCAGACCUCCACGUCGAGACUUAUAAAGUGACAAGACACCCAUUCCAAGAUGCAGUUGUUUUUAGAUUCAUUGCAUUCAGAAAUUAUAUAACAAAACACAUCAAAGAAAUUGACCGUGUUGUUAUUAUUGACUUCAGAGAUGUGCUAUUCUUUGCAGACUUUUUCAGAACUUUCAGUGCAAAUGAAGUCAAUUGGCUACUUGAGUGCUAUGGUACAAACAACCCAAACGACU